UCCAGGUUGGCCCCUCGAAGCCUUUGGUCGCCAUGGCAGUGCCCGAGCCCCGCCCGAACCACACCAUCUACAUCAACAACCUCAACGAGAAGAUCAAGAAGGACGAGCUGAAGAAGUCCCUCUAUGCCAUUUUCUCCCAGUUUGGCCAGAUCCUUGACAUCCUGGUCUCCCGCAGCCUGAAGAUGCGGGGCCAGGCCUUCGUCAUCUUCAAAGAGAUCAGCAGCGCCACCAACGCCUUGAGGUCCAUGCAGGGCUUCCCCUUCUACGACAAGCCCAUGAGGAUCCAGUAUGCCAAAUCAGACUCGGACAUCAUAGCCAAGAUGAAGGGCACUUUUGUGGAGCGGGACCGCAAGCGAGAGAAGCGGAAGCCCAAGGGCCAGGAGGCGGCUGCCGUCAAAAAGCAGGUCCCAGGGGGGGCAGCUCCAGUGGCUCCCGCCGUCCAAGGCGCUGUGCCUGGGAUGCCACCCAUGAACCAGGCCCCACGGAUGAUGCCACACAUGCCUGGCCAGCCCCCUUACAUGCCUCCCCCUGGCAUGAUGCCACCCCCUGGCAUGGCACCAGGGGCAAUUCCUCCAGGGGCAAUGCCCCCCCAGCAGAUGAUGCCUGGGCAGAUGGCCCCAGCCCAGCCGCUGUCGGAGAACCCCCCCAACCACAUCUUGUUCCUCACCAAUCUGCCCGAAGAGACCAACGAGCUGAUGCUGUCCAUGCUCUUCAAUCAGUUCCCCGGCUUCAAGGAGGUGCGGCUGGUCCCUGGGCGGCACGACAUCGCCUUUGUGGAGUUUGACAACGAGGUGCAGGCGGGAGCCGCCCGCGAUGCUCUGCAGGGCUUCAAGAUCACCCAAAACAACGCCAUGAAGAUCUCCUUUGCCAAGAAGUGACACCUUCCUUGGCCUAGAGGCCACAGGCGAUCCUCCUCCUCCUUUCUUGUUACUGCCUGUGAAGUGCUUUGGGUUUUGUUUCUGGGGUUUUGUACUUUUGCAAGUUGUGUUCUGGGAGGUAAGUGUUUGCGAGAGAGCAGCUGGCAGUGCCAUGGAUGGGCUGUUUCCAGUGUGUCUGGGGCUCGGCUGUGGUGGGUUGGCAGGGAGGUGUGUGCGUGCACAUGUGGGUGUGUGUGAGAGAGAGUGCGCAUGUGUGCAUUGCUGGAAGGUAGCGGCCGAUUUCUGACAAAAGCAUUGUACCCAGAGUCUGACGGCCAGACAUAGCACCUGGAGCUUUUCUCUUUUGUAAUAAAAAAAAUGUUGGUUUGUUUUUUA